CAGCCCUCCCCCCCUUCCCUCCCUUCCCCCUUUAUUUUUCUCCGCAAGACUUUGGCUCUGGAAACAGCUGGUUCAAAGCAAUCGCCAUGUGAUGAUCGUCUGGGUCGGGGUUUUUUUUUUUCAUUUGGGGGGGGGAGGGUGCAGGUUUCUGACCGCAGAGAAAUACUAAUAAGAAUUUCCGAAACAACAGCAGCAGCAACAACAAGAGCAACCUCCCCCUUCCCCAAACCUCCUCAGCCGUAACAGCCCCCCCACCCCCGGGCCCACUCCACCCCGCCCCACUGCAUCCCCCACCUCCCGCCCAGGCUGCAGCGAGAGGGGCGACCCCCGAAAGUUGCGCGGAGGCGAGAGCAAUGAGGCAAGAGAGAAAUUUUUAAAAACAGAAAAAUGUGAUUGCAUAAACAUCGUUGUUGGCAGGAGGACUCAGUGGAUUCAGAGUCUCAUGGCCCAAACUGAAUGGGUCAAACAUCAUGGUUGUGAUGAAGAGCAGUGAUACAACAUUGUUUGGGGUUCAGCUACAAGCAAAGAAUCUGUCCUUGGAAAAGAGGCAAAUUAGAGGAAGAUGCCAAGGUAGCUGUUACAGCAAAGUCCUUGCCAGAUACAACUGUAAGUGCUGCCUGUAUGAAAGAGCUGAGCCACACCAUCCAGUAAACUGUCUAGAGCAGCAGUUGGCUUGCUUGGAAAUCACUUCCAAGACUGCGUUGUUGCUCCAACUGAGUUGCCAGAACACUGCCCCACAGAACUUUGGAGGGUCACUUCUUAAUGGAUUGCUGCAGCCUCUUAAUUUCUCCAUUGCUCCUGUUCCCUGCAUCGUGAGAACAUUUUAGCCAGCACAGAACCUAGAAAAGUUACAUGGUGUGAACGGCAUGUCUGUGGAUGAGAAGACUGACUCCCCCAUGUAUGUGUAUGAGUCAACGGUGCACUGUACCAAUAUUCUCCUCUGCUUAAAUGACCAGCGGAAGCAGGACAUUCUCUGUGACGUGACGCUGAUCGUGGAGGGGAAGGAGUUCCGCGCCCACCGGGCUGUGCUGGCUGCCUGCAGCGAGUACUUCUUGCAGGCCUUGGUUGGGCAGACGGAAAAUGACCUGGUGGUCAGCCUGCCGGAAGAGGUCACUGUCAGGGGAUUUGGUCCAUUGUUGCAGUUUGCCUACACUGCUAAGCUGUUACUCAGCAGAGAAAACAUCCAGGAGGUCAUCCACUGCGCUGAGUUCCUGCGCAUGCACAACCUGGAGGACUCCUGCUUCAGCUUCCUUCAGACACAGCUGCUGAACAACGAAGAUGGCCUGUUCCUGUGCAAAAAAGAUACCACCUGUCAGCGCAUGCACGAUGAGGAGAACUCCGAUGGAGAUGAGGAGGAGACGAUGGAAUCGGAGACGUCAAAAAUAUCUUGCCCAAGGGAGAGGAUGCACCAAGAGCCCUUCAAUUUUGAAACCACUGUUGCUGGAGCAGACAAAGGCGAAGGGAUGCUGCCCGACUCUGACAUGCUGAGAGAUAGCAAGGACAAUUUGGAUAAAGAUGCAGUAACACGGUACCCCAGAUACAAGAAAUACCAGCUUGCUUGUACCAAGAAUGUCUACAACACAUCACACAUCAGUACCUCAGGUUUUGCAAGCACAUUCAAUGAAGAGAGCUCUGGAAAUGGCCUCAAAUCAGGACUCGCUAUGGGGCAGAUAAAAAGUGAGCCUCAGAAUGAAGAGAACGAUGAAGAAAGCAUCACACUUUGCCUGUCUGGAGAUGAACCUGACAUCAGGGAUAAAGAAGGGGAUGUUGAAAUGGACAGGAAACAGCCAAGCCUCACUUGUGUCGACAGGCCAAAAAGUGGGUCUUCUCCUUCUUGCUUGCGGUCUUUCUUCAACAGAACAAAAAGCAUAGAUUUGGUUGGCUUCCCCAGCACUUCCCAACAGCACUUUGGCAGGAGUCCAGCAUGCCCUUUUGAAAAAGGGACAACUCAGGGUGACCACAAAACUGAUUAUGUCCCUUUCACAGGGAACUACGGACAGUCCCAUGCCAUGCAGAAGGAUGCUUCCAACUUCACAGUGGGAUCACCACUCAGGGGGCCCGGCUUUGAAACUCUCUGUAAGCAAGAAGGAGAACUGGACAGGAGGAGUGUUAUAUUCUCUUCAAAUGCUUGUGACCAAGUAAACACUUCGGUGCAUUCAUAUUCUGGUGUGAGCAGCUUGGACAAAGACCUCACUGAGACUGUGCCAAAGGGUCUGUGGGCUGGCGGUAGCCAGUCUCUGCCCAGCUCCCAGACCUAUUCGCACAGCGGACUGACAGCUGAUCACUUGCCGGGACGGAUGCGGCCGAACACCAGCUGUCCGGUGCCAAUUAAAGUUUGCCCUCGCUCUCCUCCUCUGGAAACCAGAACCAGGACCUCCAGCUCGUGCUCCUCCUACUCGUACGCAGAGGACGGCAGCGGCGGCUCUCCCUGCAGCCUGCGUCUCUGCGAGCUCUCCUCUUCCCCUUGCUCCCAAGGUCCCCGAUUCCUGGCGCCCGAGCACCAGGAGCCCGGCGUGGUGGGGGAUGGAUUGUACAACCCGGUCCGAGCCCAGAUUAAAUGUGAGCCAUCCUAUGGAACAAACUCCAGCGAUGAGUCUGGGUCAUUCUCAGAAGCAGACAGUGAAUCAUGUCCUGUGCAAGACAGAGGGCAUGAGGUGAAACUUCCUUUUCCUGUUGAUCAAAUCACAGAUCUUCCAAGGAAUGAUUUCCAGAUGAUGAUAAAGAUGCACAAGCUAACCUCAGAGCAGCUCGAGUUCAUCCACGACGUCCGCCGGCGCAGCAAGAACCGGAUUGCAGCCCAGCGCUGCCGCAAGAGGAAACUGGACUGCAUUCAGAACCUCGAAUGUGAAAUCCGCAAGUUGGUGUGUGAGAAAGAGAAAUUGCUCUCAGAAAGGAACCAGCUGAAAGCAAGCAUGGGAGAAUUGCUAGACAACUUCUCGUGUCUUUCCCAAGAAGUGUGUAGAGACAUGCAGAGCCCGGAACAGAUCCAAGCCCUCCACCGAUACUGCCCCGUUCUCAGACCCAUGGAUCUACAGCCGGUCACCACCAUCAGCCCCGCCCCAGCUGGUGUGGAGCAGAGCCUGGUGACCUCCCAGUGCGUCGGGGAGAGCAUGCAGUGCUGCUCAGAGCAAGGCUCGGUGCAGCUGGGAGCACCCUGGCUGCCCAACAACAUCUCGGAAAAUUGUUCGGCUGGCGCGGGAUUGGAUGGAGCCGACGCAGGUACUUACUCCGAGAGAGAGCUUCCACCAGAGCAGAGCAGCCAAACGGUCACGGUAGACUUCUGUCAGGAAAUGACUGAUAAAUGUACAACAGAUGAACAACCCAGGAAAGAUUACACCUAGUGACUCGUAACCUUAACGUUACACCUGGUCAGGUGUUCUUCAGUCAGCCAGUGGCAGUGUUCAUUUGUUGUCUAGAAGAACGUAUUUGGUGCACACUACAGUGGUCUUAGCAGCAAUACUGUUUUUAAGUAUUCCCUCCUCUCUACAAGCAGGAGUUCUCUUCACAAUGGUGCUAUCCCUUGCUCAGGCAGGGAACGAAGCAGUGGCAACACUGUCUGUUUUUGUAUGUUGAUUUCAAUCUUAACAGGGAUGGACAUAACACCUCUGAGGACCCAACCGCAGCUUUUUUCUCAGUGGCCCAUGUCACAAAACCCUAACUCAGGAAUUUCCUCUGAAUGUUCAAUUUUUCAUUGAAGACAGCUUCUUUACACAUCAAAGUUUUAUAGCUAAACUGUACAUAUUAUAUAUAAUAUAUAUAAAAUAUAUAUAUCCAUAUGCAAGAGUCCCUGCAUGCCUCAAUUUUCUCAUCCUACAAACUGGAAGCUUUCAUUUCUAUUGUACAAACAAGUUCCAACAUUCCUUUUUGUCUUUGAUGCUAGAACUAGUUUGGUAACUUGUUACACGAUAAUUUUUUCCUCAGUUCGCAGUUCAGCAAUAGCAUUCAAUUUGUACUUAUUUAUAAAACUUUAAUGUCAGAAACUUAUUUGAGAUUUUAUUAUAGACAAUUUUUUUUGGCACAGCCAUUUCGUGCCACUUGAGCAAUGUGGAGUUAUUUUAUUUUCUUGCAGAUACUGUACAGUAAUGGUCAACUUUGCCACUUGCACUGAGUUUCUGGUCAAACCUCUUUUCAUAAAUGAAGUCAUGACUUCAGAAUAACUUGAGUAUAUGGUUUUCUUUGCUUUAUGGCUUAAAGGAAAUAGAAAAUUUUUAUCUAAUAGACAAACACUCAGGAGCUCAUUAUGUAGUAAAAACAGUCUUGCCAAAUACUGAAUUCACUAUACAAUUUGUAAAGAGAAUCUGCUUGAAUUAUUUUUAUAUUUAGACUUCUUUCUGUUUCACAAACCAAGUUUAAGUGCUGUUAAUGAUGCGUUUGGAGUCUUAUAGGGGAAA